UCGUGAAUAAGAUGGGACCUACGAGAGUUCCGCUGGUGAUAUUCCGAGCGUUGAGCAGUAAAGCGCGGUCGUGUGUACCCCAGGAACCAGUAUUCCGAAAGCUGAAAGAGCAUCCUCGUGUGGAAAUCCCGAUACAGACGGUCCAUCUCCUCGAGAGAUUGUCUCUAGUUCGUUUCGGGGAAGCCGAAGCAGUCACGCGGCUGGAAGAAGCAGUGAAGUUCGCUCAGGCGAUUUUUGACGUUGACACUUCGAAUGUAGAACCAAUGCACACUGUGCUCGAAAACAGAAGUGUUCCUCUGAGAGAAGACCGUCCACAGAGGUGGGACCCAAAGCUGGUUCUCAAUAAUGUCACUAAAAUGGAAGAAGGUUUCAUUGUUGCGCCGCCGGGGAACAUUGCCCUGAAGGAGGAUGAGCGUCUAAAUGAUUUGAGGAGCUGA